AACCACAAUCCUGAGCAGAGACGAGUAACGGUAAACCUGAGUGACAUCCUCGAAUGAAAGGGGGUUAAAGCUGAACUGGAUCCGAGUCCAGAUUCUAAAGCCUGGUUCCUUUCUGCAGCUCUCCUCUGUGCUCCUCCACCAUCGCUUUCACUUCCUCUUGUCUUUUCCACCGUUUGGAUCUGAAGGAGGCAGAAAUUUCACUCCGCUCAGAAAGAGGCUCCUCAGAAACUUUAAAGGUUUCCAGAAACCAUGAGAGGCUUUUCUCACCUGCCUGUUUUUGUGGGAGUGGCCUGGUUGUUCUCCGGCGUUCAGUGUGAUGUGAGCUGCAAAGGAACAGACGGCCAUCCAGGUGAGGCAGGAGCCCCCGGAAGGAAUGGCUGGCCUGGAGUGAAGGGCGACAAAGGAGAUGCAGGAACGUUGACCGAUGGUCCAGGCGGCUCAGAUGUCCUGCUGAGGAUAAAGGGGGAGAAGGGGAGUCGAGGGGAGCAGGGAGACUUGGGUCCCAAAGGUUACCAAGGUGAUCUGGGAUCACCUGGUCUGCCUGGUAAACCUGGUCUUCCCGGACCGGAUGGGAAGAGAGUCGUCCGAGGCCAACAGUCGGAUCAGGAUGGCGACCAAUCCGCUUUCUCGGUCAUCAGGAACAUCACCACCUAUCCUUCCUUCUCUCAGACGGUCAAAGGCUGGGUGGAGGUGGUCAACAUACCUGGUCACUUUAAAACCAGCACAGGCGAGUUCAUCUGCAACAUAUCUGGAGUUUAUUACUUCAACUUUCACUCUGUUGCCAAGGUCAGCGUCUGCUUGGCCAUCGUCAGCAACACUCUGGAAAACAAGCUGGUGUUCUGUGAUUACAGCAAAGGCGGUGAACAGGUGCUCUCCGGGGGCGUGGUCUUACAGCUGACAGCAGGUGACAAGGUGUGGCUGGAGUCUCACAGAGACCUGCAGGGCGCCAACGUCAACGCCGACACUCAAAGCAAGCAGAUCAUCUUCAACGGCUUCCUGAUCUUCACAGCCCAGUAGCUGCUCUGUUCAAAUGAAGACGUCCUGUUUGUCAUUUGCCUCAAACUGCAAACGUUCGAGUCCCAAGCGAGAGCUGCACUUCUUAACAGAAGGAAAGCUGCUUCCAAAAACGUCUUAUAGUUUGUUUCACGCUCUCUGAAUAGGAAAUGUAUUCUUUUAGCAACCACAACAAUAAAAAAAGCAACCAAAAGUC